AUGGACUUCCUCAAGAUGAUGAAGCAGGCCAAGGAAAUGCAGGAGCAGAUGGGCUCGCUGCAGGAACAGAUCGUCGAGAUCGAGGCAGAAGGUGUCGCGGGUGCCGGCCUUGUCAGGGUCACGCUCAACGGUAAAAGCGACCUGAAAGGCCUCAAGAUCGACCCUUCGCUCCUGAAAGAGGAUGAAGGCGAAAUCCUUGAAGACCUGAUCAUGGCCGCCCAUACCGACGCUCGCGCGAAGAUCGAGAUGGCAAUCCAGGAAAAAACCCAGGAACUGAUGGGUGGGCUUGGGCUUCCUGCAGGCAUGAAGCUUCCAUUCUGA